UGCAACACUACUGGAAAAGUAGCAAAUGCUACAGUUACAAUUAAGGAACCACGCCUUUACCGUUCUUUUCUCUGCCUGAAUGACUGUAUUUAUACCAGCAGACCUCGGCCGACUGACCAACUGUUGCGUCUCACUCACUCUCUCUUGUUUUAGAGAAACGCUGUGGUUGAAGGCUUGUUUCUUUCAUUAUUUUAUUAUCGCGAGAGGAGAGGGUCCUGUCCAGCAGCGCAGACGAGCUGAGGAGAAGCCUCGGUCCAGUCAGUCCCCUAACCCCGCUCUGAAACAAGGGGCUGCUGCCCUCAUCAACACACCGCAGACAUGGACUAUUUCAAUCUCUUGUUCUUAUUGUGUUUUUCCUGGAAACGCUUCAUUUCCAAUGCCCACUCAUCUGACAGCAAUCAGCAGCCAAUUCCAACAGAGAAGUUGUUGGUCCUAACUGUUGCCACAGAGGAAACAGAUGGUUAUCUCCGAUUCAUGCAGUCAGCCAACUACUUCAACUACACUAUCAAGGUGCUGGGCAUGGGAGAGGAGUGGAGGGGUGGGGAUGUGGGGCGCUCCAUCGGAGGAGGACAGAAGGUGAGACUACUGAAGGAGGCCAUGGAGGCACUGACUGACCAAGAAGACCUUGUAGUGCUGUCUGUAGACAGUUAUGAUCUUCUCUUUGCCGGGGGACCUGAAGAAAUCCUCAGGAAGUUCCAGGAAGCCAAUCACAAGGUUCUGUUUGCCGCCGAUGGUCUGAUCUGGCCUGAUAAACGCCUACAGGAGAAAUACCCCUCUGUCCGCAGCGGCAAGCGCUUUCUCAACUCAGGAGGCGUCAUCGGUUACGCCCCGUAUGUGAACAAGAUUGUCGAGCAGUGGAACCUUCACGAGAACGAUGACGAUCAGCUAUUCUACACCAAAAUAUACCUGGACUCUUUUCAGAGGGAGAAUUUGAACAUUGGUUUGGACCACAAGUCUCAGAUUUUCCAGAAUUUAAAUGGAGCAAUUGACGAGGUUCUCUUGAAGUUUGGAACGAAGAGUGCCCGAGUGAGAAACACUGUUUACGACACCUUGCCAGUGGUCAUCCAUGGCAACGCAAACACCAAAAUGUAUUUGAACUAUCUAGGAAACUACAUCCCCAACGCCUGGAACUACGAGAGAGGCUGUGGCGUCUGUGACCACAACAUGGUGGAUUUGUCUCAGCUCAAAGAGUAUCCGACUGUUAUGGUUGGAGUGUUCAUCGAACAGCCCACUCCUUUCCUCUCUCAAUUCUUCCAGAGACUCGUGACCCUCGACUACCCCAAAGAUAAACUCAACGUCUUCGUUCAUAACAACGAGGUUUACCAUGAGAGACACAUCCAGAGGUUUUGGGAGGAGAGUAAAGAUGUGUUUAACAGCUUCAAGGUUGUGGGUCCGGAGGAGAACUUGAGCCAAGGACAGGCCAGAAACAUGGGCAUGGGGCUGUGUCGUAAGGACCCAGGCUGUGACUUCUACCUCAGUAUGGAUACUGACGUGAUGCUCACCAACAGACAGACCCUGAAGAUCCUCAUCGAGCAGAACAGGAAAAUAAUUGGUCCCCUUGUCACUCGUCAUGGCAAGCUGUGGUCCAACUUCUGGGGUGCGUUGAGUCUGGAUGGUUACUAUGCCCGUUCUGAAGACUACAUCGACAUCGUGCAGAGCAAGCGUGUGGGUGUAUGGAACAUUCCCUACAUGGCUCAUAUCUACUUGAUAAAGGGAGAGGUCCUGAGAAACCAGUUGAAGGAGAGGAACCAUUUUGUUUUGGAGAAACUGGAUCCCGACAUGGCUCUGUGCAGACACGCUAGAGAACUGACCAAUCACAGAGAAAAAGAGUCCCCCAACCCGGAAACAUUCCAUAUGCUCAGAGUUCCAAAGGGAAUGUUCAUGUACAUUACAAACCGUCAUGAGUUUGGAAGGCUAAUUUCCACAGCUAACUUUAACACAUCACAUUACAACAGUGAUCUGUGGCAAAUAUUUGAGAAUCCAGUGGACUGGAAGGAGAAAUACAUCCACCCCAACUACACACGCAUCUUCACAGAGAACUACCUAGAAGAGCCAUGUCCAGAUGUGUUCUGGUUCCCGGUCUUCACGGAGCGAGCCUGUGAUGAGCUGGUGGAGGAGAUGGAACACUACGGGUCCUGGUCUGGAGGCAACCACGAGGACAAGCGGAUCACCGGCGGCUAUGAGACCGUGCCGACCGAUGACAUCCACAUGAAGCAGAUCGGUUACGAUAAGGAGUGGCUACACUUCAUCAGAGAGUUCAUAUCCCCCGUCACUCUCAAAGUCUUCUCCGGAUACUACACCAAGGGCUAUGCAGUGAUGAACUUCGUAGUGAAGUACACCCCCGGCAGACAAGCCUACCUGAGACCUCAUCAUGACUCCUCCACAUUCACCAUCAACGUUGCUCUCAACAGCAAAGGAACUGACUUCCAGGGUGGCGGCUGUCGGUUCCACAGGUAUAACUGCUCCGUAGAUUCCCCUAGGAAGGGCUGGAGUUUCAUGCACCCAGGCCGUCUGACACACCUCCAUGAAGGCCUGCCCACCACCAACGGAACACGCUACAUCGCUGUCUCCUUCAUCGACCCUUGAACCUUACACUCUACACUAGCAUUUUAUCAGGUUUAGUUUUUUUUUUUUUCGUUGUUGUUUUUGUUGUUAAUUUGAUCUGGGAUUUUUUUUUGUCUUAAUGAUGCAGUGCCUUAUUGAUGUUGUCAUCAUGACAUUUUACGGAUGCAAUUUACUGUACCCCCCCCGGAAAGAAAAAACAUUUUUUGUUGUUGUUGAAAAGAACAAAAUACUGCAAAGAAAUUGUAGGAAAGGUCAUACCAGAGUCAGACAAUCACCUUCAUUUGAAACUCUCUGUCAAACAGAGGACAGAGUGCCUUAACAUGAUGACUGUAAUUCACCAUCUGCAUUUCAGGUCAAAUAUAGUAGAGCCUUCAUACUUCACAUCACUCAGAGUUGAAUCAUUCUAAUCAAUUAGUCAGUUGACCCAUACUCCUAACCUACCCACAAUGAGUAAUCCUACCCACAAUGAGUAAUCCUACCCACAAUCCUAAUCAAUUUGUUAGUAAUCCCACACAUAAUCCUGAACAAUUAGUCAGUAAUCCCACCCAUAAUCCUGAACAAUUAGUCAGUAAUCCCACCCAUAAUCCUGAACAAUUAGUCAGUAAUCCCACCCAUAAUCCUGAACAAUUAGUCAGUAAUCCUACCCAUAAUCCUGAACAAUUAGUCAGUAAUCCCACUCAUAAUCCCGAACAAUUAGUCAGUAAUCCCACCCAUAAUCCUGAACAAUUAGUCAGUAAUCCCACCCAUAAUCCUGAACAAUUAGUCAGUAAUCCCACUCAUAAUCCCGAACAAUUAGUCAGUAAUCCCACCCAUAAUCCUGAUACAUUUGUCAGUAAUCCCACCCAUAAUCCUGAACAAUUAGUCAGUAAUCCCACCCAUUAUCCUGUGAAUAUGUCAGUAAUCCCACCCAUAAUCCUGUGAAUAUGUCAGUAAUCCCACCCAUAAUCCUGUGAAUAUGUCAGUAAUCCCACCCCUAAUCUAAAGGAAAUAUGUGUUAAUGGUUAUUCUGCCAACAGGCACCUUGUUUUAACCAUUUUAGAUGGGGUUACCUGUUUGUAUGGUUAACCUGUACUUUAAAGUGUAGUUUUAAAACCAUUGUCCAUCCAUGUUCUGUCCACCCAUUUUCAGAACAUUGGGUUGCAGUUUGUUACCUGAUGUUAAUACGACCGACAUGCCCAAAGAUAUAUAUAUAUAUAUAUAUAUAUUAUUAUUUUUGCACACCAGAUAAAAACAUUAAUUACAGCAGAAUUUAAUAUGAAUUCUGGUUGAAUGAAGUUGGAUAUUGUCAAAAAAUGUUUUACUUGAAAUGUUUACAUCGUAGGACAACAGGAGGUGUUUACUUUCUCUGAAAGUUGUUUGUGAACUUUGAACCUCAGCCAGUUCAAGUGCUUAACUUAUUGUGAAAUGGAUGGAACCGUAAUAAAGUUGGAAAAAACAAACAUGAAUAGUGUUUGUUUUUUAAACUUCCA